AUGGAUAAACCACUCAGUGUUCACGAAAAGAAGGCAACCAAACAGACCAAAACCAAGAAAAAACCUGUCAAGGUUGUUUACAUCUCCAACCCCAUGAAAGUGCAGACUAGUGCCUCAGAGUUUAGGGCUUUGGUUCAAGAACUCACCGGCCAAGAUUCUGUGAUGCCGGAACACGGUAAAUAUUGUGAAAGCGACACUGUCACUAACAAUCCAACGGUCCCAGAUGGGAUCAAGAUCAGUGAUGAUGAUGAUCAAGCCCCAGAAGUCCCAACAAUGGAACAAGAACAACCCCAGAGGUCUGAUCCUGCAUUUGAGCCGUACGAUGAUGUGUUCAUGCCUCAGAUGCUAGAGAACUUUUCUGGGUUUUUCUCACCAAACUACUUUUACGAAUCUCCUUCCCCAUGUUGA